UGUCUUCUCUCCUUCAACUGCCGGAUGUGAUUCUCCACCACCUCAGGACUAGCCAGAGGAUUCCGCCUCUUCCUUCCUCGCUUGCUUCCUUUUCUUUCCAAACACAAAUCCACAACAAAGAAAGUGCAAAUUAUAAAGAAAGCUUCAGAAUUCAAAGCAGCAGAAAAGCUAGCUAGAAGAGUGAAGAGAGUUAGGAAAUAUAUCUCAGCAGCACUAACUGGCCACCAUGGUGUUCCCUUCAGUGCCUGCCUACCAAGAUCCACAUAAUUGGAAUAACCAGCAUGGUCAGCAGCCGAGAGCUAGCGGGGGAGGCGAUGCACCGCUGCUGCCCGUGGGUCCGGCGGCUGCCACAGCGGCAGCUCCCGAGGUCAGUAGCUUGGCCAGCAACUCAUCGGCGUCCAGUGCUGCCGUGGCCGCGCACGCGCGGCCCAACUCGAUGGCGGAGCGCGCGCGGCUGGCGCGGAUGCCGCAGCCGGAGCCAGCGCUCAAGUGCCCGCGCUGCGACUCCACCAACACCAAGUUCUGCUACUACAACAACUACUCCCUCUCCCAGCCACGCCACUUCUGCAAGACGUGCCGCCGAUACUGGACGCGCGGCGGCUCCCUCCGAAACGUCCCCGUCGGAGGAGGCUGCCGCCGCAACAAGCGCUCGUCCAAGUCAUCCUCCGCCGCCGCCGCGUCUUCCUCCUCCUCGAAGCCCUCCUCCUCUGCCAGGCAGCUGCCCGGUGGUCCGUCAUCUAUGCCGACCACCACCCCGGGCGCCACCGGCGGGACCAUCCCUCAGGGCCUCAGCUCCUUGUCGCACCACCUGCCGUUCUAUGUCUCGAUGCACCCGCCGAGGCCCAGCCUAGGGCUAGCCUUCUCCUCCGGCCUCCCGCCGCUCGGCAUGCAGCACGUGGGCACGGUGGAUCAGUUCCCGGUGGCAAGCGGCGGUGGCAGCACCAUCGGUGCAUCGCUGGAGCAGUGGAGAAUGCAGCAGCAGCCACAGCAGCAGUUCCCCUUCUUGGCAGGAGGAGUACUAGAUCUUCCGCCACCGCCGCCGCCGAUGUACCAGCUGGGUUUGGAAGCUAACCGAGGAGGCAGCGGCUCAGCUGCAGCGUCGUUCACAUUAGGGCAGACUAGUGGUACCACGGCAAGUCAGGAAGGGUCAAUGAAGCUGGACGAUAGUAAAGGGCAAGAGAUGAGCUUACAGAGACAGUACAUGGCGGCUCUACGCCACGGAUCAGAGGGAAUCUGGGAUGCGAAUGCUGGUGGCAGCGGCAGCGACGCUGGCGGCAAUGGCGGUGCUAACUGGCCUAUUUACAUUCCCGGAUUUCAUUCUUCGUCGACUGGCGGCGACAAUGGCGGUGGCCUGUUGUAGUAAUCCUGAUCGGUUGGUCAAUGUGCUAAUCAAGAAGGUAUUUUCCAGAUGCAUGGUCAAGUUAGAGCAAAUGCAUGAAGGAGGGACAGGAGAUGGUUUAUUGAUCGGCCGGCCGGUUCAACUUCUAUACUUCAUCAGCUGUAGCAGCACUGCUAAGCUCAUGAUGGUCACAGGUAGGGGGUUUAAGUUAAAGUUGUCCUUGGUUAACCCUUUUUCUGCCAUUUGGUUUUGAACUCAAAGGUGUGCCUGCGUUGUGUCCAUAGCGCCGCUUUUAUACUUUUCACACUAUUGUUCACAGGGGCUAAUUAAUCACACUUGGUGCAUGGGGUAGACUAUUUCAUAUGGUAUAUUUGACAUGGAGAUGGAUCAAAUUGUUUCAUUGCCUAUGUGAAAUUUGCAUGAAAUUAAUAAUGUAUGCUUGUUGCCAGAUUAUUUUGCAUAUAUUUGUUUGUUUCUAUCCUAUGCUGUAUUCUGGGUGUUUGAUUAAGGACAUUAUUGCACAAUUUCAGUGCAAGCACGUAUCUAAGGUAGGAGCUGUAAGAUCUUAAUCGCAUGCAGUUGGUAUUAGUUAGAAGAGAACAACAGUUCAUCAGUGAACUUAGCCUUGUCUUGCACUACUAUAGUUUCUAGAACAAAAU